AUGGAAAUAGGAAGCAAACAGCAGAAACAGGAAAUCAGGACCUUAGCUAGAGAUGUUGGAGACCUGCAUCUCAGUUUAUCACAUAUUAACCUCUUUGCCCUUGAUCUUUCUACAGGAUUGAGGGUAGAGAGUCUGCCUGCCUCUACACCUUUUCCUGUUUCUCUUCCUCCGAAAAUUUCCCCACCAACAUCCCUCUGGACAACCUCACUACAAAAUACAACUGCAGUCACCACAUCCCCUACCAGUGGCUCUUACAGCAACUCAUUGCUACCAGUGACAUCAUCAGCCCAAACAUCUUCGGUUUUCAAAAACACUGAAUCCAGGGAGAAGGAAGUCACAGAGCCAGCUUCGAAAUUUGAAGGCACAAGCACAGACCAUUCAUCUCCGGACUUCUCCCCAACAAGUGGUAGCAUCCACUUAACACUUACACCAGCUGACCACAGCUUGAACACUUCUGAAAUAAGCGUGCCGCCUACAGGGGCCAAGUCACCCUCUGAGUCUCCCACACUCAUCUCUCCUCAGACUCCAGCCUCAUCACCUUCGUCCUCAUCAACCCAACCACCUGAAAUUCCUUCUGUCUCUGUCACCCUGGACCACACCUCAGGUGGGACCAGCUCCAAGCUCCCAGGAACCUCAACCUCACCAGAAUCUGCAACAGAACAACACAGCUCAAGCCACAUACCCACUUCACAUGCUACUACUGAGCUAGCAACGAAGGAGACAACAUCCCAAGCAACUGUGCCAGCCAAAGUAACAUGUGAGCUGAUAGACACCGAGACCACCACCACCUCGCCAGGUGUGAUCAUGGAGCAAGUGGAGCAUGCAUUAAGUUCAGGCAGCAUCGCAGCCAUUACGGUGACUGUCAUCGCUGUGGUGUUGUUGGUGUUUGGGGUGGCAGCAUAUCUGAAGAUCAGGCAUUCCUCCUAUGGACGGCUUUUGGAUGACCAUGACUAUGGAUCCUGGGGAAACUACAACAACCCUCUUUAUGAUGACUCCUAA